AGCCCAGGGAAGUGCAAAGGACAGCAGCAGCAGCAGCAGCAGCAGGAGGAGGAAACUUCCAAGAAGCUCUUGCAGGACCCAUAGAUCCCCCCACCCCACAGACACGCCCCUCUUCCUCCACCAUGCAAGCUCUCAGGCUGCCCCCCAAGCUCUGCUGGACCCUCCUGCGUGUGGGUGCCCCCCAAGGGUCUGGAGGGGUCCCAGCAACGAGGCUCUAUGCUGCACAGGCCGCCGAGGCCGUACUGGAAAAAUCGGGGUACCACAACAGCUUCUGCUUCACAAACGGUGUCAGGAAAAAAAUCUUCACUCGCAGAGUCCAAGUCCUUCGCCGUGGGAAUGUUCAAGGGGCAGAUCAACACGGAGGAAGUCUUCCCUUAUCCCUCAGUCCUAAGUGAGGAGCAAGCCCAGACGUUGCAAGAAUUGGUGGGUCCGGUCAGUCGGUUUUUUGAGGAAGUGAACGACCCAGCCCAAAACGACGACUUGGAGCAGGUAGAGGAGAAAACGAUGCAAGGGCUGAAAGAGCUCGGAGCUUUCGGCUUGCAAAUCCCCGUUCACCUUGGAGGACUGGGCCUCUGCAACACCCAGUACGCUCGGCUGGUGGAAAUCGUUGGAAUGCAUGACCUGGGAGUGGGCAUCACCCUCGGGGCUCACCAAUCCAUCGGGUUUAAAGGGAUCCUUCUCUACGGCACCCAGGAGCAGAAGGAGAAGUAUCUCCCCAGGCUGGCUACAGGUGAGACCAUCGCCGCCUUCUGCCUGACGGAGCCCACCAGCGGCUCAGAUGCCGCCUCCAUUCGAAGUGCGGCUGAGCUCAGCCCUUGUGGCACCUACUACACUCUCAAUGGAAGCAAAAUCUGGAUCAGCAACGGCGGCCUGGCCGAGAUAUUUACGGUUUUCGCGAGAACGCCGCUGAAGGACGAAGCGACUGGCGAAGUGAAGGACAAGAUCACGGCCUUCAUUGUGGAGCGAUCCUUCGGGGGUGUCACGCGUGGCCCCCCUGAAAAGAAGAUGGGGAUCAAGGCAUCCAAUACGGCAGAGGUCCACUUCGAUGGGGUUCGUGUCCCGGCAGAGAACGUUCUGGGAAGCCCCGGCGCCGGUUUCAAGGUCGCCAUGAAUAUCCUCAACAACGGGCGAUUCGGCAUGGCAGCCGCGAUGGCCGGCACCAUGCGUGGGGUCAUCGGGAAAGCGGUGGACUACGCUGCCAACAGGACCCAAUUCGGGGAUAAAAUCCAUAAUUUCGGAGCGAUUCAGGAGAAGCUGGCCCGGAUGGCCGUGCUGCAGUACGUCACGGAGUCCAUGGCUUACAUGAUCAGCGCAAAUAUGGACCAGGGGGCAUCCGACUUCCAGAUCGAGGCGGCCAUCAGCAAAAUCUUUGGCUCGGAAGCAGCGUGGACCGUCACGGACGAAUGCAUCCAGCUCAUGGGCGGAAUGGGUUUCAUGAAGGAUGCCGGAGUGGAGCGUGUGCUGCGUGAUUUGCGGGUGUUCCGGAUCUUCGAGGGAACCAACGAUAUUUUGCGGCUGUUUGUCGCGCUGAAUGGAUUUCAGAACGCAGGGAACCAGCUCCGCGGAUUGCAGAAGGCCUUCAAGAACCCCCUCGGGAACGCCGGGCUCUUGGUCAGCGAGGUCGGGAAACGGGUCCGCAGGAAAGCUGGUCUUGGAACCGGGAUUACGCUGAAGGCCGUUGUGCACCCGAGCCUGAGUUCGAGCGGCGAACGGACCGUCCGGGCGAUCGACCUUUUUGCCGGUGUGGUGGAGGAACAGCUGCUCAAAUACGGCAAGAAAAUUAUCGAUGAACAAUUUGUGUUGAAACGCGUCGCGGACGGCGCCAUCGAUUUGUACGCCAUGGCCGUCGUUCUGUCCAGAGCGUCCCGGGCCUUGGAGCGUGGGCAAGCCACGGCCCAGCAUGAGAAGAUGCUUUGUGACACCUGGUGCACGGAGGCCUACGACCGCAUCACCCAAAACCUGACAUCCCUGCGAUCCAGCGACACGCGGCAGUUUUUCAAGAACCUCCGAGGCAUCUCCAAAGCAAUGGUGGAGAAUGAGGGGGUGGUUUCCCCCAACCCUCUGGGCAUCUGAGGCACCCACCCACCCGAGAGCAGCGGCGGUUGUCGGUCUGUCCUUCAUGCACACGCCGCCUCCUCCUCCUGCUGCUGCAGAUGUCAUGAUUUGGCCUGCAGAUUUUUGGGACGUGGAGGGGAUUGGGUGUGGACUUGUUCAUAGCUCUCUCCUGGAAGGCUGGUAGUGCUUUCGGAGAAAUAUACCUCUUUGCUAUAUAAAUGCCUUAAUGCACCCCUUAACAGCGGGGGGUGGGGGACAGAAUAGACGGAAGCAUAUUAAAAGCUGUAGUUGCAGUGUUAAAUUUGGUUCUGCAUUUGGCUUUCUUUCUGGGCAAUUCUCCCCCAGAUACACGCACCUUGAACUCCCCCUGCGCCACGAUCCCAAAUUUUGAGCCGACAGAAUUAUCUGACUUGUAAAAGUGCAGCAAAUUCCUCGAUCUUAACCUCUCCCGCUUGUUAAUUCACAAGCCGCCCGGGGGGGCCGGAAACUUCAGCCCAUAAACAUCAGUCGCGUAUCUCAAGUUCUGUGGUUCCAGUUGUUGUGUUUUCUGUGAAUAAGUAUUAAAUUACUUUGACAAACGUCUGGAGUGAAGACGGAGAACUGCUGAUGGCGUUCAGGGAAGUUGUCUAGUGUAACGCGAGUGUUGGUUUAAAAAUAGUCCCCGCCACGUGCUGGGAAGUAGAGGAUGUAGAGGCAGCACACCCAGAGAGUGGGGCAUGGCUUUUCAUACCCAGCCUGCAAGACUUGGAGAGAAAGCACAAGUUUCUAGCUCUCAUUGUGGCAGAGAAAAACGUGUACAGCUGUGCUGGUGACUUCUGUAAAACAUCAAGACGUGUUGAGGGGGCGUGGGGGAGGGGAUGUGAAUCACGGAGAGGGGGGGGAUAGAAGCCCCCCACCCACCCCCGGUCCUUUCCAGAGGCCAAAAGUUCCUGCAUUUGUAUCUUAUGCAUCUUUUUGCUCAGGGUAUAAAAAUUGGAACAAAACUGUAACAGUCCCUGAAGUGAGAAUCUUGGUAUUUAACUUGUGUAACCCAAAUAAAUCUUGGGUUGGAGGAGACUUAAGUUGGUACUGUUGAAAUACACGUUCGGGAAAGGUGGAGCAAGUUCUCAUUUGGAUCUUUGUACUCUCUUUUAAAACUGUUUUUUUUGUCAACUGUUCCCAGAUACAGAUGCCGUCUGAUCGUUAGAGUUUCAUUAAAAUUAUUCAGCUUGUGGAAUUCGGCCCGCUGAUAACGUAAUGCACCAAUAAAACUCAGAGUUCUUUUCA